AUGGACAUCUCUCAACAAGAGAAUGCCAAUGGUUGUCUCGACCAAUUCUGCGACUCGCAAUUCUGCCAAUUGCUGGCCGCGCUGCAAUUCAACCAGGACUCCAACGCAUUUGACGUCCUCGGUCAAACUCUGCGCCAGCGAUUCCCCCAUGUGGUUUCAUCAUUCUAUGAGCUGGAGAUAGGGUCGUUCCAAACAAUUGCAGCCAGAGAGCAUUGCCCGUCGUGCAGAUUCAAUCUCGCCAUCCUCGAAAGCUGCCCUCAGCACAGAGGGCCUCCGGACACGGUAUACUUUGCAUCGUUUCCCAGAGGGCACUUCCGGUUCAACCUUGCCUACCACAAGCCUAAUGGCCGAGUCCACUACCUGAUGAGCAAGUUCGGGGAACAGAUCACAUUCCUCGCGAACCAUUGUAUCCAUGUUCCCGAGGCGGGAAGACUCGUGGACCUCAAAGGUGUUGAUUACCAACGCAUGAAAUCCUGGCUCGCACUCUGCGAGAAGCUUCACGAUGUCUGCCCGUCCACAGCAAAUGGGGAGAGCCGACAUCGCCAGAAUCUUCUCCCUCAUCUCCGCGUUGUCGACGUUCAGGAAAUGUGUCUAACGGACAUUCCAUGGGCGGAGAAGUAUGUCGCCCUAAGCUAUGUGUGGGGAGGGGCAAGUCCUCCUCGCCUUCUGAAAGAUGAGCUGGACAUGUGGAAGGUUCCCAAUUCUAUGCAAACUCGGGCACAUACGUUUCCCCAGACCAUCCGCGACUCCAUGGAGGUGGUCAAGAGGCUCGGCUUGCGGUAUUUCUGGUUCGACUCACUGUGCCUGUUGCAGGAUGACCUCGAUGACCUUCGGAAAAACAUCAGCAACAUGGACAUGAUCUAUGAGAGGGCAUAUGUGACUCUUGUGGCUGCCAACAGUCCCAGUGCGGAUGGGGGGCUGCCGGGUGUUGGAAGGCCGCGCACCCCGAACCAGAUGGUACAUUACAUAAAGCCCGAUAUCAGUCUGAUCAGCGUGGCGCCCCUGGACGCCCACUUGAAAACAGCGGUAUGGUCGACGCGCGGUUGGACGCUCCAGGAACAGCAUCUCUCGCGCCGAACAAUGAAUUUUGUCAAUGGCCAAGUCUAUUUUCGCUGUCGGGAGCGCAUCUGGUCCGAGGAGCUGUGUCGUGACACGGCGCCUCAGACCCGGAAUCCCCUUGAAUGGGGUACCAACUACAUCGCCCUGGCACGACAAGGCAUGGAUGAGAUGGAGUAUCUCUUGGAACCAUACGACUUCCUCUUCAGCGCCCUGGAGGAAUUCCAAAAGCGCAAAAUUACCCUGGAUGGUGACGCGCUCAAUGCCAUGUCUGGUUUCCUCCAGCGUGUAGCCGACGCCGGCGAGACGGGCAUGAUCGAAGGCCUUCCCGUCAAGCUCCUCCCCGUAGCCAUGAUCUUUCGGAACCGUGCAGACAAUCCGGCGCUGUCUUCGGACGUGCGGCGUAGGUCGGAGUUUCCGAGCUGGUCGUGGGCAGGCUGGCGGGCACCAUCAUUCUGGGACUAUUGGAAAGAGAUAGGGAUCACAGAAGGCGAGGAUGAGUUCCUCGACUGGCUCUCCGGUGCCAACUGGAUCACCUGGUCCGCGUCCAGGCCGGGUAGUGAGCCUGAGGUGAUUCAUGAUCCAUCCACAAUUAGACACCAGUUUGACAUGGACGACGAAGGGAAUGCGAACACAGAAGGCAAACUCAAAACCAUGGAAGCACAUGAAGAGAUUCAUCAAAGAACUCGCGCAUUCGAUCAUGUCCCGUGGGCUGCACGAAACCCCGUGGCAAUACCGUCGAAUAUACCAUACACGCUCUUGACUUUUCAGACGGUCGUUAUCCGCAUGGCCAUUGCUGCUCCUGCGCCAGAUUCAGGUUCUUACUGCCAGUUUUCCAUCCUGGACAGCACCGGGUCAAUAUGCGGAGAAGUCGUUCCGGACUUCCUCCCCAAGUUUGAAGCUACAAGGAGCCAUGCUGUCACCGAUGCUGGAGCUGACACUACAUCUGACGCAGACAUAGAUGAAGAGCUACAUGCCGGGGAAAGAACGCAUUCGCCCUUUCCGAAGGAUUCUCUGUCUGAGUUCCUCGUCCUCGCCGAACGCCACCACAAACCAAACCUCAACGCCGCCGCUCCCGGAGACGACGACUACGACGACGCCUUUGCGAAUCUGGUGGAGAAGGUCUCCUACUGGGUCAUCAUGGUCGAGUACCUGCCUGAGAAGGCGGUCUAUGAGCGACGAGGCAUCGGUCAUGUGCUGAAGGCUUCGGUGCUGGACGGGAGGACGUUUGCGCCCGGGCCUGAAUGGAGGGAGAUUGUGCUGGGUUGA